CAACAGCAGCAGCAGAAGAAGAAGAAAGAGAGCCCCUCGGCCCGGACCCUUGCCGGGGGCUCCUGGGCGGCAUGCUUCUGGAUGCGGGGCCGCAGUUCCCGGCGCUGGGCGUGGGCUCGUUCGCCCGGCACCCUCCUCCUCCGUCGGCGGCCGAGAUGCAGGAGCGCGAGCUGAGCCUGCAGAACAGCUUCGUGGACUCGGCGGCAGCGGCGGCGGCGGCGCACCUGGGCGCCUUCAAGCUCAACGCAGCGGCUGCGGCGGCAGCGGCGCACGAGCUGUCUCCGGGCCAGGGCUCGGCCUUCAGUUCACAGGCGCCCGCUUAUCCGCACGCGGCGCAUGUGGGCUCCUACUCCGCGCCGCCCUUCAACUCCCCCAGGGACUUCUUGUUUCGGAGCCGGGGCUUCGGCGACGCGGCGGCGGCGGCUGGCGGCGGCCAGCACGGGCUCUUUGGGGCUGCGGCCGCGGCCGCGGCGGCCACGGGCAGUCUGCACCACCCGCACGCCGAGGCGCAGAGCCACCUGCUGUUCCCGGGCAUCGGCGAGCAGCACGGCGCGCCGGGCUCCCCCAACGUGCUCAACGGGCAGAUGCGCCUGGGCUUGCCCGGAGAAGUCUUCGGCCGCUCGGACCAGUACCGCCAGGUGUCCAGCCCGCGCGCGGACCCUUACUCGGCGGCGCAGCUGCACGGCCAGUACGGGCCCAUGAACAUGAACAUGGGCAUGAACAUGGCAGCGCACCACGCGCACCACCCGCACCAUGCCCACCCGCACCAUGCCCACCCGCACCACCACCACCACCAUCACCACCCGGGGGCCUUCUUCCGCUACAUGCGCCAGCAGUGCAUCAAGCAGGAGCUCAUCUGCAAGUGGAUCGACCCCGAGCAGCUGAGCAGCCCCAAGAAGAGCUGCAACAAAACUUUCAGCACCAUGCACGAGCUGGUCACUCACGUUUCAGUGGAACACGUCGGCGGGCCCGAGCAGAGCAAUCACAUCUGCUUCUGGGAGGAGUGUCCCCGGGAAGGGAAGCCCUUCAAGGCCAAGUACAAGCUGGUCAACCACAUCCGCGUGCACACUGGGGAGAAGCCGUUCCCGUGCCCCUUCCCCGGCUGCGGAAAGGUCUUCGCGCGCUCCGAGAACCUCAAGAUCCACAAAAGGACGCACACAGGCGAGAAGCCAUUCCAGUGCGAAUUCGAGGGCUGCGACCGACGCUUCGCCAACAGCAGCGACCGAAAGAAGCACAUGCACGUCCACACUUCGGACAAACCCUAUCUUUGCAAGAUGUGCGACAAAUCCUACACCCACCCCAGCUCUCUGCGGAAACACAUGAAGGUCCACGAAUCCUCCCCGCAAGGCUCCGAGUCGUCGCCCGCUGCCAGCUCCGGCUACGAGUCGUCCACUCCGCCGGGCUUGGUGUCCCCCAGCGCAGAGACCCAAAGCACAACCGCCAGCAACCUGUCCUCUGCAGCGGCCGCCGCAGCUGCAGCUGCGGCUGCUGCGGCUGCGGCAGCAGUAUCAGCGGUGCACCGGAGCAGCAACGGCGGAGCGGGAGGAGGCGGCGGCAGCUCGGGCGGCGGCGGGGGCAGCGGCGGCGGGGGAGCGGGCAGCGGUGGGACCAGCGGCAGCCACGGCGGCCUCACGUCCAACUUCAACGAGUGGUACGUCUAAAGAGGCCUCCUGGCCCCGCCGCCGCCGCCGCCGCUCCGGCCAGAUGCCUCGAAAUGAAGGAAGGAAAGCAGGAAGGAAGGAAGUCGCCGUCGAAGUCGCCCUUGGCGCUCUCCGCUUUCCCUCUCUCUCUUUCUCCACCCCGCCGCCCCCUUUUGUUUGGACUGGGACAUCUUGAAGCAGCAGAAGUGAGAGAAAGAGAGAGAGAAAAUAAAAAUCUUGAAAGAAAGAAAAAGAAAGAAAGAAAAGGAAGGAUUAAAAGCAGCCCAAGCGGUUCUACCCGCCACGGGACACCCGCUGCCUCCUGAGCCUCGCGGACAUUCAGUUCUGCCGGCGAGGGUGGACCCCUGCCGCCCCUCCUGCCUCCAGCGCCUUGGGAACAAAAGAUCAGACACAACGAGGGAGGACCCGUCGGUCCUGGGACCAGCCGGCCCCCAACGACCGCCUCCAUCCCCCUCGGACUCUCUGUGUACAUAGAGGAGUCUUCGCUCCUUCCGCCAAGGAGGUGGUAAUCAUAAAGUUUUCUCGGUGUAUAGAAAUUUGUCCACUUUGUGAACUAUGGAUUUGGUUCUUCCCUCCCGCCCCGCGCUUUCUCUCUCUCUCUGCCUCCUGUCCUCUCUCUCUUGCUA